AGUAGCAGCAUCAGCAGCAGCAGCAGGCCCACCACUAGCAGCAGCAUCAGCAGCAGCAGGCCCACCACUAGCAGCAGCAUCAGCAGCAGCAGGCGCACCAGCAGCAGAAGCACCAGCAGCAGAAGCACCAGCAGCAGCACCACCAGCAGCAGCGGCGGCGGCGGCAGCAUCAGCAGCAGCAGCAGCCAUGUAACAACGGUUGCUGUGGCCAGGGCAAAUGAUGGCGGGACAGAUACUGGUGAUGACGCUCUGCUCAGCCAGUUCACAAUCCUCAUGAUGUCAGUGUGUGCCGCCAUGGUUCUGGUGGUGGCCAUUAUGAGCACCGUCUACUUGAAGCGAAAGAAGCCGGAGUGGACGUCAGCAACGUCAACGACGUCCGGCGACGGUAAGACCAAGGUCUUCAACACAAACUCCUCGGCAACACUCUGCGGCGUGGAACUGUCGGAGAGCUAUUGCAAGGCCGGUGGCGAGUGGGCGCCACCAUCACCCCUUCUCGACAGAGCGUCGUCCAAGAUCGUUUCCAACAACUAUAGCGCCCCACCGCCGCCGGUGGCGGUGCUGCAAGCGAAACAGAGCGAUCCCGGCCAGACGCUGGGAUGCGGCAGGAAUUCGAAUCAGCCGCUCUACGACGAAGCGUACGAGUGCAUCGUGCCGCCGCUCUACGGAGGCGCGGCAGGCUCGCCCCAGGAGAUGGACGACAAGCUGGUCCAGCUGACCAACCAGUGUUGGGAAGCGCUGGACAAUGUGCCACGCUACGCCGUUCCCGGCGUCUUUGGCGACAAGAGGGAGAAGGAGCUGCCGGUGCCAGCCUAUGUACGGGAGAAAAAGCACUGCCUGAUCCGCUCGCUCAGCGAGCCGAUCGAGUUCCACACUGACAAAGAGCUGAGCAGAUCCUACGGGUCGGUGGUCAAGCGUCAGGCUAUGGCUGAUGUCCCAGCCCUGGCCAAAUUUAGUGAAGCUGCGCCGAACCCGGCCUACGUGAUAAGUAAGCCUCCGUCCCGGGAUGGCAUGAACUGCCCCACCGCCAGGCAAGCGUGGGAACCAGCCGCCGCCUCGGGAAGCAAGUCAGACCCGCUAGAGGCUGAGGCCGGUGGAGGAGGAGAGUGCUUGCCCCCACCAUACACCGACCUGUACUAUGAGAAGAGGAAGAAGAGACCGGUGGCGGAUGAAUGCCAUGGCAACUACAGUGUCAUCGACAAGACAUUCUCGCAGCGCGCCAAGCGAUCGAGGAACACAAGCACGAACAACAGCUGCAACAUCAGCAGAGCCAACAGCGCGGGCAGUUACCAGCUGCACUAACCAUGGCAGCUUGGACAAGCGCAGCGGCCCCAGACAUGAACUACAAUGCAUUCAAUGAGCUGGCUCCACACGGUGGUAUCAGUGAAAGUCGUGCUUCACUGCUGUCCAGUAUUGAAGAUUGCACGGGCUAGAAUUUCUCCUAGAACCGCAUGCCCAUAUAUGCACGUACGCGGCGACUUAACUGUACGUAGACUGUAGCGUUUGCCACCACCAUCCCCACGCUUUAACACCGUAAAAUUGGGCUCUUCUUUCUGGAAGCAGUGCACUUCUUUGUCAUUGCACCCUCCACCCCUGCUGGAGAAAAUAAAGCGCUUGGGGGUUUCCGAAAAAGGAAUCUGUCUCUAGCUGGCUCUGCUGUUUGCGGGCGCUUUUUGUUGUUGUGUAAUUCCUUUUUUUUGUCUCAUGGCUACAGUGAGUGUUCGCUCGUUUCAGACUUGAUUUAAUUGAAACCGUCUAAAGAUUGUCUAAAGCGCUGUAGACAUCACCACACCACUAUCACGGUGUGCUCUAAGUACAACUUGAUGAUGCAACUCAGAGUUUCAACUCUCACGUUCUGCUCGCCAAUAGAGGUGCGGCGCUGAAGGCACACUGAGAUUUUUGUGCAGACUUUUUCGAUAUCUUCCGUAUUCAAAGCGGCGCCAUGCCAUUAAUUUCUGUCUUUUUCUGAAAUAUACUAUGCGAUACCCUGCUUGUAAUAUUUUGCCUGUUACUUUUGUACUGCAGUGCCGGGUAUUGUGUGUGCACACGCGACUACAG